GUAAAACGACGACAACAACAACAACAGCAACGAAUUCGAAGACGGUGACGUCGACGAGGACGACGACGACGACGACGACGGUGACACCACAUUGCUUCCAAUGUCAUCGUUGAACCGAACAUUUUGCUACCAGAAAACCGUGCCGUAAUAAUGGUGGCCAGUGACGAUGUCCGAACAAGUGACAAUGACAACGGUGGGGCAGGAGACAGCGGUGAGGGUGAAGAAGGUGAAGAGGAAGAGGUAGAGGAAGAAGAAGAAGAAGAAGGGGAAGGGGAGGAGGAGGAAGAGGAGGGGGAGGAGGAAGUGGCAGUAGCAGUAGAAGUAGAAGAAGUGGAAGAAGAGGAGGAAGAAGAAGAAGAAGAGGAAGAGGUGGAAGUAGAGGAAGAAGGAGAAGACGGCGAAGUGGUGGAAGAGGAGGAGGAGGAGGAGGAGACGUUGGUCGUGGUACCUACUGAUGACAGCAAUGAUGACGCGGACGUCAACAUUAACGUGGACGUCACUGAAGAGGCCAGCGUCCGCAACAACGGCGCGAAACCUCGACUUUAUGGAGAGCAGCACUACCAGAAUAUCUUUAGCACAUCGCUGGCCAACGAGACAAGCUUGGCCGGCAAUCAUCCGAUCACCGGUUCGAAUGAUUCUAUAGCAGCUAAUGAACUGGUGCGGCACAGGCAUGCCAACAACAACAACAACGUAAGCUGUAACAAUAGCAACAACGGCAGCAACGGUAGCAGUAGUAAUAAUAAUAACAAAUCAAACAACAACCACAACAACAACAAUUAUAAAAACAAAUUUCCAAGGACUGCGUUUAGCAUUAGCCAAAGUUAUUCUUUGGGUGAGAUACACCCACGGAAAAGAAACCGUGUUCGAAAUCAGUCUAUGGACUUUAGUAACUCCGUAUCGGAUCUGAGUAAUUAUGAGACGAGGGACGCCGCAAACCCGAUAACAGGGGGCCUAAAGCAUACAGCAAACCCUGGAGAAGAGGAUUUAGAAAGGUCGCCAUUAUCUCAGGGACUCAACAAGACUGCCAUGCGGCAACCGACAGCCUUUUCUGUUGAUGAUAUCCUCAGCCCUACUAAAUUUAGAGGGGCUGAAAAACCUGCCAACGCAAGGAUCGUAAUGGGCGCGUCAAGUUUUCUCCAUCCAGUGCUCGUGACAGCACCACCGGGUUAUUCGUUCGGGCCCGGACGUAGACUGAACUGCGUAUCUCCGCUGAUAAAUAAAAGUAAUUGCUCUGUUGGCCCGGGGACAGUCACAAACAAUACAAACUCGAAAAACUCUGCGUUAAACAUAAACCCAACAGCUUCCGAAGUAGUGGCCAGGGCGGUGGGUUCGAGUUCCGCUAGAGGAGGUUAUAACAUCUAUACGGAGCCGAAUUUACACCCGGACUUAAAGGAUAAUGAACUUUCGCCGCUUUCUUCGGCUGCAAUGGGGACUGCCUUAAACACACAGAGACUGGUUGAUUGGUCAGCUGGUCCAUGGCUGCUUCGGGACGGAAAGCUGCCGUCCACCUGUAUACAUGAGGCCUAUGAAUCAGCCGUGGCGGCAGCGGCCGCGGCAGCCGCAUCGGCGGUGGCGGCGGCAGCGGCAGGACCGACGCCAUGUGACGACCCAGAGGCUGAAAGUGAAAGUGAAACUAGAAUUGAGGCCGAUGGUGCAGGUGGCGUAGAAGUGCGAGUGGAUCCACCAGUUGUUGUCACAGCCACCCAACCACCAGUAUCAUCAUCAUCGCGGUUGUCAUCAUCAUUAGUAUCAUCAUCAUCUUUAUUAUCAUCAUCAUCUUCAUCUUCAUCCUCAUCAUCAUCAUCAUCUUCAUCAUCACUUACACCGACUUUAUUAUUUUCUUCGUCUACCUCGGCGGCGGAAUGUCAUCGUACAUUAUCUUUACUCCAUUCACGGCGAAACGAAUGCCUGGAUCGAAACCUCAACAGCCCUAUUACAACUAAUCUUGAAGAUCUUGAAGGCCUAGAUGAGAAUGGAGAGCAGGGUGCUGUACAUAUAUCCAAAUCAAUGAUUGCUGAAGAUAUACGUGGGCAUUUGUCAGACAGAUUAUCAAAAGCUUCUACUCUUCGUCUGCCUGGUAACCACACUUCCAUAUAUGGUAGCGCAGACGACAUCCAAUCGAGAAUACCAGGAUGUUGUACAAGCGGAAAUACGAACGGCACGACUAGCGUUGACAUUUCAAGGACCGGAAGUAGUGGUGGUCUCGGUGGGAUAGGCGGUGGUGUUGGUGGUAGUGGUGGCGUUGUUGUUGUCGGUGGUAUCGGUGGUGUCGGUGUUGGUAUUGCUGGUAGCAGUAGAAGUAGUAGUAACAGUAAUAGUAGUAUUAGUGGCGUUAUUGGGGCCGAUGCUAUCAGUGGCGGAGGAAGCGAGAACGGCAUCCUUGGGAGCAGCAACAGCAAUAACAACAACAACAAUAACACUAAUAAUAGCAGUAAUAAUAAUAAUAACAAUAACGAUGAUCAUAAUGAUAAUGAUAAUCCGAAAAGCAGUUCUGUUAAUACUCCCGGAAACAGCAUUGGGGCUGGUAAGAUUCGUAGAGCUCGAACGGCAUUUACGUACGAGCAGCUUGUAGCUCUGGAAAAUAAGUUCAAAACUACUCGAUAUUUGUCUGUUUGCGAGAGAUUAAAUUUAGCACUGUCACUUAGUUUGACUGAAACACAGGUAAAAAUAUGGUUUCAAAACCGUCGAACCAAAUGGAAGAAACAAAACCCGGGGAUGGACGUAAACAGUCCUACAAUACCAAGUAGUUCCCCAUUGCCGAAUAUAGGGGGCGUUAGCGGUAACUUUUCAGCGCCGAAUCUUUACCAACUCAGUCAAAAUUUGCAAGGGUUGUCUCAAUCGGGAGGUAUAAACCCGAGUUAUUUCAUUUCUCCGUAUCUCACGUCGCCAAUGAUACGACAUUGGUGAACAAAAAAAUGGCGGAAUAUCGAUGUAAAUCGAUAGAAAGACGAACAAAAAAACAUAAAGAAAGAAAGCAAAAAAACAAGCAAACAAACAAAUGCCAGAGCAGCGUAAACAAAAAACAGCAAUAACUAUAAGAUACAAAAUGAAACGAUCAAAGGAGGUUCAAAGAACUGGCAACAGGAAUCAAGGAUACUCAGAGUCUCUUUGAAAGACUUCAAGACGCGAGGCAAGUGCA